GAGCAGGGCGCGGAGCACUUUCACUCUUAUUCACAGUAAAAAACAAUACUAAUAUAACAAUAAUUACAAUUAAAAAAAAGAUAAAAAAUAAUCACAGUAAUAAUAAUAAUAUCAAACAACAACAGGACAACUGGCAGAACUUUGAAGGAUUAUUGAUAAGACAACUUUUGGCAUUGAACACAUCACCACGGCUGUUCGGUCGGUGAAACGUACCCACACACACGUUGCCAGGCCUGGAGCGAGACUCAGUGUGUGAAUGUGUGUGAGCAUGUGAAAAUGUGUGUGUGUGUGUGAGCCGUUAAUGUGUAACUAAACCCCUAAACCCCCCUUUCAGGUGAAAACCAGUGUAUAUCGGUAUAAUGUAGUAGUGACGUUAUAUGUUGAUCCAGAUUAGUAUUGAAAUUAUACAUGUUGUGAUAUAAAAUCAGUGUAUCUACUGCCUCUCAAACAGCAGCUACAUUUAAAUUUUAGCAUUAGCUUUCUUAGUCCACCCUUGCUUCACUGGUACACACUUUUGUCCUAGCGCUCCCCCCACACUUUUAUAACCCCCAGAUUGGUUUCUCUCUCCACCACUUGAGAGGUUUGUCUCCUUUCCCUCACUCAGCUCUCAUUCCACUUCUGGGCAUUUUUCAAAAUCAGGCAUUGUGUGUUGAGUGCAAGGCUGAUGCGAGGAUGAGGCUUGUUGCUCUGCUCUGUUUCCUGAUGGCCGCGGAGGUUGGAGCCUCCAGAUUCGCCCGCGACUCCCAGGCCGCGUCUGAAGCUUUAGAACCAACCAAGAGCAACUAUUCCAUUCCACUGCCACCACAGUCAGGCCGACCGCAGGGCAUCACCCCUCCGUUGUGCAUAAAGCCCACGGAGAUCAAGCAAGCCUUCAAGUAUGUGAACACCAUGGUGUCCUGCCUGAUUUUUGUGGUGGGGAUCAUCGGCAACACUACACUGCUCAGAAUCAUUUACAAGAACAAGUGUAUGAGGAAUGGACCAAACGUCCUGAUCGGCAGCCUGGCACUGGGAGACCUGCUUUAUAUCAUCAUCGCAAUCCCCAUCAAUGUAUUUAAGCUAUUAGCCGAGGACUGGCCAUUUGGUGUAUAUGUGUGUAAGUUGGUGCCGUUCAUUCAGAAAGCCUCUGUGGGAAUUACCGUCCUCAGUCUGUGUGCCCUCAGUAUCGACCGUUACCACGCAGUGAUGUCAUGGAGCAGGGUGAAAGGGAUGGGGAUCCCACUGUGGAAAGCUGCGGAGGUGACUCUGAUCUGGCUGGUGGCAGUGGUGCUGGCCGUCCCUGAGGUGCUGGCCUUUGACAUAUUGGAGAUGCCGUACAGAGGCAACAAGCUGCGUGUCUGUCUGUUGCACCCGGACCAGAGCAACAGCUUUAUGAAGUGCUACCAGAAUGUGAAAGACUGGUGGCUGUUUGGCUUCUACUUCUGCCUCCCACUGGCCUGCACAGGAAUCUUCUACACGCUCAUGUCCUGCGAGAUGCUCAGUCGCAAAAAAGGCAUGCGCAUUGCACUCAAUGACCACAUGAAACAGCGGAGGGAAGUGGCGAAGACUGUUUUCUGCCUUGUGUUGAUUUUUGCGCUCUGCUGGCUGCCCCUUCAUCUCAGCCGUAUUUUGAAGAAAACAAUCUAUGACCAACAUGACCCGAACCGCUGUGAACUGCUCAGCUUUCUGCUAGUGAUGGAUUACAUUGGGAUCAACAUGGCCUCCCUAAACUCCUGCAUUAACCCAAUUGCUCUGUAUUUUGUGAGCCAGAAGUUUAAAAACUGCUUCCAGUCCUGCCUGUGCUGCUGGUGCUACAGACUGUCUCCUCUGGACGAACGAGGUUCAGGAGAUCGCUGGAAGGGCUCCUGCCACGGGGAUGGACUCGACCGCUCAAGCUCCCGCUCCAGUCAGAAAUACACAAGCUCUUCAUAAGUGCACAUGUGUACGCACAUAAACACACACACACACGCACGCACAGGCACGCACAUGCGCAAACACACACAUGCCUCCUCUGCCAAACCCAUGAAACUGCAUCGCCCCCAACAACAGACUGGCUAUCAGACUUGAGUGAGGGGGGAAAGGCGAUGUGAGGCAGACAUGACUGCUGCAGGACAAAACACAUAAACAGGACUGUACCUGUUCAGGCUCUAAUACUAAGUACAGAAACCAUGAUGAACCCAACGCUGCAAUAAUCUCUUUAUUAUGGUGAAUAAGGUUAAAGAGAAUUGACGCCACAUGUAAAAUGUAUGUAUGUAUAUGUAAUGUUUAUUUUCCUGCAGAUAGGUAGACAUUUAAGUAUAUCUAGCCCGAGUGCUGCAUGUAUGAAUUAUAGCACCGAUGAGUACUAACUGUUCAAGCUUUAUUACCUCACGGGGAACAAUAGAGGGAAAGUGUGACCCCAGGAUCAGCGGCCAAUUAUUAAUAUCUGCAAGUCAAGUGUAUGCUGUCACUACUCCAUGCCCAUGUGACCUGGUGAUGUCAGGCCUGAGUAAAAUGGGCCUCAGUGUCCAAUUCACAGUAACCUGGAGGGUUAAACUUCAGAGGUGUUUCAUCUGGAAAUGAUUGCAGUUCCAAAUCAUGUGGAGGACAGCUGUUGUUCCUGAACACUGACAAACACCAGAUGAUUCCUGUCGUGUGACACUGAAGAUAUUAGCAGUAUUAUUGUCACAGUAACCAUGCUGUUGUAAGUGAUUGCCACUGUGUAUAAAGUCUUAGCUUCUUACACUUUGAACAUGUAGCUUCUAUUUUUCUAAGAAAAUACCACAGAAACUCUGAAGCUGGUUUCACCUUCUGACAUGAGGUGUUCAUUUAGUUUUUGGGGGUUUUUCAAAUAUUUUAUCUACCAUCAGGGAGGGGUCCGUUUGCAUGGAUGUUUGUGUGGUUUAAUCUGAAAACCUUUUUUAUUAUGUUCACAUUCAAAAGCUUUAGGAAGGAAACAAAUGUGUUGGAUGUCGAGUGUUUCAGCAGGGAUUACAUACUGAUCCUAGAAAAUAUUUUAGAAAUAUUACUUCUUUCCAUUCAUUAAAGUGACUAAAUAAAUCCAGGUAUUUUCAUAAACUCCAUUGGUUGAAUAGCUGAAGCAUGUGAUGUGCCUUAUUUUUUUUAAAGAAUUUUAGAGGUCGGACAUCUGUAGCACCCAGUAGUCACAAAUUGUGUGAUGACAGCACGUCAAGAAAACACUUUUUAUACAACUUAAGGGUCUUUAAAGGGUAAAGAGAGGAGGAGAAACUGCAGUUUGUGACUUUCUAUUUCCAGUCAUUCCACAGAAAACACACAUCGCUUGUGUAUUCACUGUAUUAAGACCUACAUGCUACAUUUUUAAACCUUAAACCUAAACAAAUCAAAGCGUUAAACAUUGGCAAGACUACUGAUAAUACAUACACAGGAGAAAGAGUUUUUAUCUAGACUUAGAUUCAAAAUCUCACCUCUGUUCAUUUCAUCAUUCAAACGGUCGAUACUGAAUACUGAAUGUAUUUUACAACAAAUAUUUUGCCAAACAACCAGAUACCGUGUUAAAUGACACAGAAGCUUUUUUUUAUACACACAGUAUAUAUGUAGACAUGAUUAAUGUGUAAUAUAUUUAUGUUAAAAACACAUAUUAUAUUUCUUUGCCACUGUAUUAGGUUUGCGGCCGUGCUCAGAUCAGCUGAUCCUGCAGUGCAUGACUCAUUAACUCAUCAUAUCUAAUUGUGUUUAUCUACAAACAACUGUGUGCCGGAAGGUCCAAGUUGAUUUGUGAGGAUCUUAUAGAGGGACCACCAAGCUAAGUCAUUAAAAUGUCAUUUUAGGUUGACAAUUAAAUGUGAAUGUUGAGCCUGGUGGUUUGGAUUACAUUUAUACUUUAGCCUUCUUACUGGUUGAGAGAAUGUUGUAAUAAAUAUUAUUUUAUAGCA